AUGGAGGGUCCCAACGCCUAUACCUCCAGCGACCGCAACCCUCGACCUCGUUCCGGCUCGUACAACGGCGUCCCUCCAUCGCCAAACCACUACCGCAGCGUGCCCGCGUCGCCCACUGCGAACCGAUUGCCGCCGCCUCCAUCGCCAACGACAGCGACUCGACCAACCUCGAGCUACUACGAUCCCACGAAAGAAGAUAGAGCCAGCAUCAGCGUGAACAGUACCCCAUAUCAGCCUCGAUCACCCGCCGAGGUAAGAUAUCACGAGCACGAGAGCUCUGAAUGGCAUGUAUUACGAGUUCAGUACGGCUGACCCAACCAUCAUUACAGAGUCGUGCAUCGUAUGACCAGCACCCUCCUCCUUCACAGCCAUAUCUCAACGGCCACGGCACAGAUCAUCGACCGUCCAUGAGCAGACACCCGAGUCAAGCCUCGCCGCACAUGACCUUCCACGCCCAUCCCGGACCACCACCGCCUGCAACGGACGCCAGGUCACCAGGUGCUUACGAUCCUGUUCGCGGCAAUGGCAAUCAUUCGCAUACCACAAGCACAGAUUCAGCAACAGCGCCGCCUCCGCCACCGCCAGAGCGAAAGACAAAUCCGAUGUCCAUGAUGAACAUUCUCUCGGAAGACACUCCUCCUACGCCUCCUCCUGCUGAGAGCAAGCCUGUCGAGAAACGCGAGUCUCGUCCCAGCUCCUCGAAACAAGCUGUCCUAACACCUACGCCUGCAGCGCCCUCCAAGCCGGCAAGUCGCAAGGCAAGUCGCACAUCCAGUGCAUCGCAGUCUGGGAGCAAGAGCAAGGGGUCUGCUGGAUCUGCCCCGACUCCAAUCGCUCCUCAGCAUGGCGCUGGUCAAGGUGCAUCUUUGCAGCCUCUUCCCCCGCAGACAGGACCACCGAGUCUGACAAUUCGCGAUACCGAAGCGGCCUAUCGGGAAAUCGAAGCUCGUGACCUCUCUGAUGUGGAAGCCGAAAUGCCUGGUCUCGAUGGUCCAAAAGGUGAUUGGCAGCAAAGGACUCACAAGAGAGCGUUGGAGAACGAGAUUUACGAACACAUGGCCCGUAAGCGACGCAGAUUAUAUUUGAUGACCAAGUACCACGAGCAUUUCAGCGGCGCAGUGGAGGUCGAGAGAUCCAUCUUCAUCGAUCAACACGAGCAUGAGGUUGCCGAAGAGGUGCGCUUGAAGGAGGUUGAGGAAGACAAGGAGCGCAAGAAGGACCAGCAGCGAAAGCGUAGACGCGAGAAAGCCAUCGCUGAUGAGGAGCAAAAACGCGUAGAGGCAGUCCAGCUACUGGAGAAUGCGAAGGAUGAGGAGGAAAAGACGAAGGCAGAAAAGGAGAUCCAACGGAUUGACAAGAAGAUUCGUGACACUCAGAGUCGCUUACAAGGCAUCAAUCCUACGAAGGAGUUUCGCAAUGAAUCGCCGCAUAAUGCGGCAGCACUUGGUCGACGAGAGCGUGAGGUCAAUCUUGAGGGCGGCCUCAUGACAUCCUUCUACACCACCGGCCCCGGCCAAGGAAAUGACGAGGGGACACCAGAAUUCAUCGCCGGCACGAGAGGAGGACGUGGAGGCAGAGGAGGUCGUGGCGGCGGUGCCAGUCGAGCGAGAAAAUCGAAAGAGCAAAAGCUGGCUGAGAAGGAGAAUGCUCGCCUUGCCCAGUCUUACAUCGACCAAGGCCAGGACCUCCCACUCAUUGCGCCGAAAGAAGAGGAGCGACUUGCAGCAUAUGCGGAGAGAAAAUUGCUGCAGCGCGAAGACUCAGAGCCCCUCAGCGAAGUUCCGCCUGCAUCGUUUGAAACUCAACCUACUGCCGGUCUCACCGGAAUGGCAAGGUUCGAAAGCAAAGGCUACAACCAGGUCUACGAGCAGAUUUCGCGUGAUCUUGCGAAGGCUAUCCCGAAGGUCUACCGCAUCAAGCAUAACAGUCUUGAGACGAAGAUGUCCAAUGCGAGAAAGACUGCGCAACUUGCAUCGAAGGAAGCUCGACGCUGGCAACUCCGUACGAACAAGAGCACAAAGGAUGUAGCUGCUCGUGCGAAACGCGCCAUGCGAGAGAUGCUUGGCUUCUGGAAGCGCAAUGAGCGUGAUGAGCGAGAGGGCAGGAAGGCCGCCGAGAAGCAAGAACUGGACAAAGCACGCAGGGCUGAAGCUGAACGUGAAGCAAAUCGGCAGAAGAGGAAGCUGAAUUUCUUGAUCUCUCAAACGGAGCUUUACUCCCAUUUCAUUGGCAAGAAGAUCAAGACCGACGAGAUCGAAAAGCACGGCGCGGAUGGUGAUGGUGUAGCCCCGACAGCUCAGACAGUCACUGAUGACCCCAACGCUUCCGCGAUGGAUCUGCCCGACAAGCUUGGAAAGAAGAUCACGAAUUUCGAAGAGCUGGACUUCGACGAUGACGACGAGACUGCGCUCAAGCAAGCUGCCAUGGCAAACGCACAGCAUGCCAUCAAAGAGGCAAAGGACCGUGCAGCUGCAUUCGACAAGGGCGAAGGUGACGGCGAAGACCGUCAGGAUCUUGCAGACGCUCAGGCCAACUUCGAUGAAGGCGAGAUGAACUUCCAGAAUCCGACUUCGCUGCAGAGUAUGGAUGUGGCUCAACCAAAGAUGCUGUCUUGCCAGCUGAAGGAAUACCAGCUGAAGGGCCUCAACUGGCUUGUCAACCUGUACGAACAAGGAAUCAACGGUAUUCUAGCCGAUGAGAUGGGUCUUGGCAAGACUGUUCAGUCCAUCUCCGUGAUGGCAUAUCUUGCAGAGGUCCACAACAUCUGGGGUCCAUUCUUGGUCAUUGCGCCGGCGAGUACACUUCACAAUUGGCAGCAGGAAAUCACCAAGUUCGUGCCCUCCAUCAAAACGCUGCCAUACUGGGGUUCCGCGAAAGACCGAAAGGUCUUGCGUAAGUUCUGGGACCGCAAGCACAUCACCUAUACCAAAGACAGUCCAUUCCAUGUCUUGGUCACUUCUUACCAGCUGGUUGUUCAGGACACAGCCUACUUUCAGAAGGUCAAGUGGCAGUACAUGAUUCUGGACGAGGCCCAAGCCAUCAAGUCCUCUCAGUCUUCGCGAUGGAAGUCGUUACUUGGGUUCCACUGCCGCAACCGAUUGCUCCUCACCGGUACACCCAUUCAGAACAACAUGCAGGAACUAUGGGCCUUGCUGCAUUUCAUCAUGCCCCAACUUUUUGACAGUCACGACGAGUUUUCUGAGUGGUUUUCGAAGGACAUCGAGAAUCAUGCGCAAUCGAACACCAAGCUCAACGAGGACCAGCUGCGCCGUCUGCACAUGAUCCUGAAGCCAUUCAUGUUGCGUCGUAUCAAGAAACAUGUCCAGAAGGAACUUGGCGACAAGAUCGAAGAAGAUGUCUUCUGUGAUCUCACCUACAGACAGCGUGCCUACUACACCAAUCUUCGCAACAAGAUCAGCAUUAUGGACCUCAUCGAGAAGGCUGCCGCGGGCGAUGAUCAGGACACCGCUACGCUGAUGAACUUGGUCAUGCAAUUCCGAAAAGUGUGCAAUCAUCCCGAUCUCUUCGAGCGUGCAGACACCUGGAGCCCGCUGUCUAUGUCAUACUACGCUGAGACCGCCUCGUUCAUGCGCGAGGGCAACAAUGUCAACGUUGCAUACAGCGUCCGCAACCUGGUCGAGUUCUGGAUUCCUGGCAUGCUUGGCGACGCUGCUGGAAGACUUGACCUUGCCGGACCGGAAAAUCCUAAAGCUGGCUGGCGGAACAAGGUCCUUCAAAAUGAGCUCAGUAUCUGGAACGAGAACCAUAUGCGGUCCUCCGAAGGCAGGCGCAAGGAUGGCAAGAGCAAAAAUGGCGCUUUCUCGUGGCUACGUUUUGUCGACAGAUCCGCUACCGAGGUUGCUUUAACUGCUCGAAGAAGCCUCAUCGAGCGAGUCGUUGAGCUUGCCAAAGAUAGGAACAGACUUGGGCAGCUCAAGGUAGCGUACGAUGACGACGAAGAGAAGGAAAACGCUGGUUUCACUCCCAUUCAUGCCAUGCUCAACAUCGUCGACCGCAACGCGCGCAAGCCGCUCUCGGACGCCACCGAAGGUGGACACCUUAGCAAACUCUUCAACAUCUCCCAGAUGGCAAUGGAGGAGAAGGGCUACAGCGUGAUCGAGUCUUGCUACCUACCGGCUGCUUCUGCUCCACCUGUCGAUCUUGUGUGCCCGAGUGACUACGCUCUUCGAGAGAAAGAAACCGCGCUCUUCAAUGUUGCAACUCGCCGCGCGCUCUACCCGAUCGACACGCCAACCGAAGAGGCUUUACUCACGGCAAAGCUGCCGCCUUCCAAGUUCCCGGUCACCAACUUGCUCCCCAGUCCAGCAUCCGAGAAGCAGCGAUACACAAAGGUCCAGGUCCCUAGCAUGCGCCGCUUCGUCACGGACUCUGGCAAGCUAGCCAAGCUCGAUCAACUGUUGCGACGAUUGAAGGAGGGUGGUCACCGUGUACUGCUCUACUUCCAGAUGACCCGCAUGAUCGACCUAAUGGAAGAGUACCUCACCUACCGCAACUACAAAUACUGUCGUUUGGAUGGUUCUACGAAGUUGGAAGACCGAAGAGAUACUGUCGCGGCUUUCCAAAGCUCGCCAGAGAUCUUUGUUUUCCUGCUUUCCACUCGUGCUGGCGGUCUGGGUAUCAACUUGACGUCCGCUGAUACUGUCAUCUUCUACGACUCUGACUGGAACCCAACCAUCGACUCGCAAGCCAUGGACCGUGCCCAUCGUCUCGGACAAACUCGACAAGUCACAGUCUACCGUCUCAUCACCCGCGGGACAAUCGAAGAGCGUAUCCGCAAGCGUGCACUGCAGAAGGAAGAGGUGCAGCGUGUUGUCAUCUCGGGACAGGCGGGCAGCAAUAACAUUGUUGAUUUCAACAACCGCAGUCGCGAGAACAACCGCACCAAGGAGAUGGCCAUGUGGCUCGCAGAUGACGACCAGGUGGAAGCCAUCGAGCGACGCGAGGCAGAGGUGCUCGAAGAAGAGGCCAAGGCUGGCAAGGGCCGCAAGAGGAAAGCUGGCGCCGGCGCCAAGAAGAAAGAGGUCAGCAUGGACGAUAUGUACCAUGAAGGUGAGCCAUUCCAUCACUUUGAGACUCGUGAUGAUGACAUGACAAUGCUAACUGGCUUCGCAGGCGAGGGCAAAUUCGAAGACAAUGCCUCUCACGAACCUUCCGGCGCCGCGACCCCUGUUUCCGCGAUGGAAGGCCCGCCAGCCAAGAAGCGCAAGGGCAUUAGCAAGAAGGCCAAGACCGUUCGGCAGCGACUUGCUGUGGUUGAUGGAGAGGUCGGAUGA